AUGGCUUCCCAUCCACCGCGGAAAUGUUGCACCUUAGGCACCCUUCACGAUAGGGGGGAGCCUAGAGGAAAAUUGAUCAAGGUUGGAGAACGCCAAAUUGAGGCCUAUCUGGCCAUGGCCCCUGAGAGCGAGGGGCAUAAGCACGUCGGCCUUCUUUUAAUUCCUGAUGUCUUUGGUAUUUCGCUAAACAGUAAACUCUUGGCCGAUAUGUUUGCAGAUGAAGGAUUCACCACUCUUAUUCCUGACUUUUUUAAUGGGGAUGUUCUGCCUAAUCCCCGCCCGGCAGGGCUGGACAUCAAGGCCUGGAUCAAGACGGGUAGUAGCGGCGACAAUCCUCACACGCCUGAGACCGUUGAUCCUAUCGUUGUUGCCGGCCUCGAAGCUCUGAAGGGCCUUGGUAUCAAGGAAAUAGGAGGGUUAGGAUACUGCUUCGGAGCUAAGUAUGUAGUCCGUCACUAUAAUAACGGGAUCAAGGUCGGAUUUGUGGCACACCCGUCGUUUGUUGAAGAAGAUGAGCUCGCUGCCAUCAACGGGCCGCUUGCUAUUGCUGCUGCUCAGACAGACCCGAUCUUCCCACCGGAGAAGCGCCGGAUUUCCGAGGAGAUUCUUAUCAAAACGAAACAACCAUACCAGAUCAACAUAUACUCUGGUGUUGAGCAUGGAUUUGCUAUUCGCGGGAACCCCAAAGUGAAGCUUCAAAGGUAUGCAAGGGAGCAGGCUUUCAAGCAGGCUGUACACUGGUUUGAAGAAUUCCUUGUCCAGGGACCGGUAGAGGCGAAUAAAUAG